AUGGACGAAGUGGCUUUAAUAUCGUUUGUACAACAAUAUGAGGAGUUGUAUAAUUUGCGACAUCCCCACUAUAUGAACCAGCAAAGACAGGACAACAUAUGGGAAGAAAUUGGGGAACAAAUGAAUGAUACUGGGUCAGUAUGUAGAGAAAGAUGGACUAGAAUACGAGAAAACUAUAGAAAGGCGUUGAGUUUAAUAAAGACCAAAAGUGGUCAAGCCGCUAACAAAAUAAAACCGCCUAAAUAUAACAAAGAGCUAAGCUUCCUCUUUCCCUAUAUAAACGAUGAAGAACAUAGAGUUUCAAAUACAUCAGUACCAGCACGAGAAACGCCCUCUUCAUUUGUUCUCCGCAAAGUAAUUAUUCAAUGGUUAACCAAGAUAGAUUUUUAA